GGAAAACGGCGAGUUAGUCGCUCGUUCUUUCAAGCUUCCGUGUAACGUUUCUCGACUGAUUAGCAAGCCGGAAACAAUUUGGCAAGGUAAGGCAGUCGAGGACAUUACACGGUUAAACAGGUAUGGCAACAGGGAAGGUUAUUUUAUGGCAAAUUAA